AUGAAGGACAGUUCACACACUGUAUCAGAUACUGGAAAUUGGACUAUGGAAAAUUCUCGCCCGAAACUUAAUAUAUAUUUACAAAAGAAUAAGUUACCUCUUAAUUUCGAUUACACUUCGAAUGGACCAGAUCAUUUAAGAACAUAUACUGCGUCGAUGACGAUUACCAUUAAACACUUAGGCAAAGUAAUUACUGGAUCUGGCUCUGGACCUACCAAGAAGCAAGCAAAUCGCAUGUGUUCUCUCUCAUUAGUUGGACAAUUAUAUCGACUUGGAGAGAUAGAGGCUUAUUUUUCCGAAUUAACUGAUACGACGAAGAAAGAAGAACAAAAUGCGGGACCUUUCGAUUUUAGAGUCUCAGAUAGCAUUUUGUCUUCUUUAAGAAAUAUUACAACUCUAUUUGAAUUUUGCCCUCAGGAAAAUAAUAAACCUUCCGAAAGUACGUUAUUUGAAUCUCCCCGCCAAUUCAAAGUCGGCCAGAACGACUGUGGUACGGAUAGUGUUAUAACUUGGCGAUCGCCUUCUGUAUCAUGGAAUCCGUGGACCAAUUGUGAAAUUUCUAUAAAUUCCAAUAAGAAUACAACAAAUAAGCAGUUAUUUACUGAACAACAGCGUAAACUUAAGUUCGAACCUGCUUUACAGCAGAGAAUCCUAGAACGUCAAAGUCUUCCUAUAUCAAGAUCGGCCGUAAGAAUAUUGGAUGCUAUUGACUGUAAUCCAGUAGUAAUCAUUUGCGGAAUGACAGGCUGUGGAAAAACCACGCAGGUACCGCAAUUCGUUGUUGAUGAUAUGAUUGGUCGAGAGCGUGGAUCAGAUUGUGCUGUUAUAGUUACUCAGCCACAACGCAUCUGUACGAUAUCAAUCGCUGAAAGGGUAGCCUAUGAAAGAUGCGAAGUUUUAGGUGAGAGCGUUGGUUACUGCGUAAAAUUUGAGAAGCUGCUACCUAGACCCCACGCUUCGAUAUUAUUUUGCACUUCUGAUGUACUACUACGCAGAAUGGAAUCAGGAUUGAGAGGUGUAUCACAUGUGAUUAUAGAUGAGAUCCAUGAACGCGACCUUAAGACUGACGUGUUACUACUGAUACUGCGAGACAUGAUUAGAACAUAUCCAACCCUCAAAGUCGUUUUGAUGUCUGCUACAGCUGAUAAUGACGAUAUAUCUAGUUACUUUGGAAAAUGUCCUAUAAUCAACAUAACUGAAAAGUGUUAUUCGGUUACAGAGUAUUUUUUAGAAGACUGUGUAACUCUUAUUGAACCUCAGGCCAAUGUUAAUGCUGAUUCCCCACUAUACGAAGCCAGUAGCAAAGAAUUUAUUUUAAUAGAGAAUUUGCUGUGCUACGUCGUUAAUUUAAACGUCUCUGGGAAUAUUCUAAUAUUCUUACCUGAUUGGAAUGCUAUUUCUACUCUGUAUCACUUGUUAAAGGAUCACAAAUUAUUUGUAGGUACAAACAAAUUUCUUCUAUUACCUCUCCAUUCACAAAUCUCUCGAGAAGCACAACGGGAUAUAUUUAAUGUCAAUAAAGCAGAAAUUACUAAGGUUAUAUUAUCAACCGAUAUUGCAGAAUCAAGUAUAACGAUUCGUGAUGUGGUAUUUGUUAUCGACUCGGCGAAAACCACUAUCAAACGCUAUUGUGCUCGGGACAAUUCGUGUUCGUUCGAGACUAUAUGGGCUUCUAAAUCUGCUCUCAAACAGCGGAGGGGUCGAGCUGGAAGGACUCGACCUGGGUACUGCUUUCAUCUUUGCACCACUGAUCAAUAUACCAAGCUACCACAGUAUCUCGUUCCUGAAAUAUUAAGAAGCCCGCUACACGAAGUCAUUUUGAUAUUAAAGCUACUUAGCCUAGGUAAUCCUGCUACUAUUCUUAAGAGAGCAUUACAGCCACCUUCAUUAGAAGCUAUCGAAGUUGCGAUCUCAUUUUUAAUUGGAAUUGGUGCAAUUACCAGAAUGAUUGAAUUUACUGAUGUCGGUUUGAUCCUUUCUAAAUUACCAAUCGAACCACGUCUUGGUAGAAUGAUUAUACUCAGCUGCAUAUUUAAAUGCGCAAAUGCAGCCUGUAUUAUCGCCGUAGCUGAUAGCUUACCCGAACCGUUUGUUAUAAGAUCAAUUGUUGAUGGUCCUACCUAUUUGCAUAAACAGUUCUCGAGUAAGCGUUAUAGCGAUCAUAUCGCGGUUUUAGGAGCAUUCCAGGCAUGGCAACGCGCUCGUAAUGCUGGAAUUGAUAGUGAAGAGAAUUUUUGCAAAAAUCACGGACUAUCCGUAUCAGCUUUACGAUUAAUUUACGAAGCUAAAAUGUCAAUUCUUUCUCUAUUGCAGAUAUGUGCUCUUCUAUGUAUUGGCUUUUAUCCCAACGUAUGUGUUUAUAAUAAAAACAAUAAACUUCGGAUGAAUAACGAACAGUUUGCCCAGAUACAUACAUCAUCAAUUAACUAUAAUUGCAAAUCAUUUCCUUAUCCUUUCUUUACUUACUCGGAAAAGAUACAUGCAGAAGUUAUCUAUUUGAAACACUUGACGGUAAUAUCACCAUUACACCUAUUGUUAUUUGGAUGUCAGAGAAUCACGUGGAAAGAUGACCUGGUUCUACUUGACGAUUGGAUAGCCUUAAGAAUGCCUCGAGAAGUUGCAUGUAUGAUUAUCUCUAUUAGACAAAUUCUUGAAAUGCUAGCAAUUCGAACUGCUAGUUCGCCUAUGGUCGCCAACCGAUUAGAAGAUAACUACGAAAGAGCUGUGCAGUUAACCCAGCAAUUGUUUACAGAAAGUUUUGAACUCCAUAGCAAUCUGCGAUCUAUCAGGUAUUAG